GAGAGAGUGGGUGAGCGGGAGACUGAAACAGUUAGCACAGUUGGAUGAGGAAGUAAGGGUUGUGAGUACACGGGUGUGGUUGGCUUGCUGUUACUCCAUCAGCCUUUCAGACAGAGGAACGCACUGAGGAUGAUGAGGCCCAGGAUGAAUCUGUGGACUCCACACAGGUCGGAUACGAAGGUAGGUGUAAUCACCUAGAAAGGAUUGGUAGACUGGAUAUCAAAGGGGCUUAGGGGGGUUUGGGGUGAAACAGACUGAAAAAAAGAGAUUGAUGGAGGAUGACAGACAAACGGAUGAACAGACAGACAGAGAGUGAGUGAGAGUGCUAGAUGUGACAAACGGCCCGGCGGGUCAGACUAGAGGAAAGGGAGAGACGCCUGUACAGCCCAGGGGAAACAGGCCUCAUCUUGACAUAUGCUCCGGAGUGAAAUGAAGAUUGGCAUGACCUGCUAAUCUGAGCUGUCACAGCUCAUGACGGCCACAGACGCUCACCUGUCACACUGCUCCCAGCCCGCAGGACAAGCUGCCACCAGGAUAGGUCAAAGAUCGAGAUUCAUUUUGUGCUGGGGGAGGAUUCAAACUGAGCCACCAGCCCAGACUUCCAUCUGUCACUCUACCUGCUCGUCUCUGUGUGCCUGCCAGUUGUUGUUCCCUGCACUGUACUGCCAUAAAAUAGCACAAUAGUGUACAUGUCUUCGCCUGCUUUUUUGUCUAUAGUGUUCUGUUUUAAGCUAGGGGCGAUAUGUUGUGAGGGGGAGGAAAGCACAUGUUUUUCCACUGAUUCAGAAAACGCUGCUCACCAGUUCAGGAUUUCCAUUAUGUUUAAAAAGAAUUGUUUUGACACAUCCUCCAAUGCCGCUUUUUUAAUUGGUGACAGGAGCAAACUGGAAAAAAAUAAAGACAAAGUUUGAUCAAUACUGCCUUAAAGUUAAACACAAGACACGUGGGCGGAUUGCACACACAAUGUGCGGCCUCGAUCACUCAUUUCUGACAAACGUUAAAAAAAACACACAAACGCUGGUUAUAUUGUGUUUGUAUUAUUCAGUUUGACAUCCAAAGUUGGAAUCUGAUGUCUGUUGUGCUCUGUGAGGAGUGUGGGUGAUGUUGCCUGUGUGCCUGAAGAGAAAGGAGAAGUAGCCAUGUUGAGCAAAAACCUCCCUUGGUAAAACUUCCUGUUUAGUGGAUGUAGACUGAACAAAAUGUACUGGAGAGAGAGUGCGCAUGUGCCAGUCAUCUUAGCAGGUUUGUGGUUCGGUGUUUAUGGUUUAAACAGAUGUAAACCAGAUAGAGAUAGUCUGUAAACUACCAGGGUAUGAGAAAUGAGCAGAAAUGUCCUCUGCUUGGUACUUUACAUGAUCUGUCUCUGCUUGUAGAAUCACCUGUUAGACCCCAGCAUAUCUGAUGUGCAUAUCUUAGAUAAGGUUGUUGAAGAACGUUUAGUCUCACAACGGCUGAUAACUGACGUGAGUCACUGCAAAUGAAAACACUGAAAGGAAAACUGUUCAGAUUCAAGUUGAAGCACAACCUGUUAUAUGUGUUCUGUGCCAUGCUUUUGUCUCCUCUUACCAGAAUAUGAUUUCAUCUUUGUCUUUCAGAAGUAUUUGGCUUCCUUUACCCUUUUCCUGUUUGUUAUGCUGCAAGGUAAGUAUUUUAUCCUACUGGCACUGAUUGAUUUAGCUGACUUCAAACCCACAUUUGAAUCUAACAGUGAAUUUAUGUGAAUCUUAGGUUGGCCACACUGAACACAAAACUUAAUGUGAGUUAUGUACAGCUACAGCUGUCUAAAGAUAUUAUUAGCCAACAUUUGACACCAUAAACUUAUGACCAGUCAGAGUAUAGCACAGAAACUGCACUGUACUGACAUAAAUCAAUGAUCUCUUGAAAAUUCUGUACAAUCGGGGGAGGCAGGAUGUUUUUCAGAGAUGUUGAACAAUUUGUGUCUUUGAUCGGGAUUAAUCACUAAAUUUCAACAGCUUACAACUAUUGAUCACAUUUUUGUUUGCAUGUCCAAGUUCCAUUCUGCUGAGCAAUUGACGGCUAUUAGACAAAAUAAAUUUUUAGACCAAAUUUCAUUAGUCUAGAUUCUGUAUAUUUUUAGACAGAAUUUAGACGUUGCACUUUAACCCAUUAUUCAAUAACUAUUUAUUUUAAAAAGCAACUGUGAGUUGCAUGAUUGAUCUCCAAGUACUUAACCAAAAUAAUUAUGAUAGCCAUUGAGCAAUGGGCGGCAGUAGCUCAGGAGGUAGAGCGGUCGGCCAAUAACUGAAAGGUUGGCGGUUCGAGCCUGUCCUGUCCCUAGUCUGUCCGUUGUGUCCUUGGGCAAGACACUUAACCCACCUUGCUCCCAGUGUGUGUCCUCCACUGGUGUAUGGUUGUGAGUGUUGUGUGGUGGUGGUCAGAGAGGCCGUAGGCGCAAACUGGCAGCCACGUUUCCGUCAGUCUGCCCCAGGGCAGCUGUGACUACUAAGGUAGUUUACCACCACCGAGGUGUGACUGUGUGAGUGAAUGAAUGAUGUAUCCAAUGUAAAGUGCUUUGAGGGUCUCUGAUAAAGCGCUAUAAAAAUCUGAUGCAUUAUUAUUAUAUAAAGUGUAGUAUAGAUAUAGCCCAGAUUUAGACUUGGUCUAAACUUUCCUUUUUAGACCUGUGGUAGCCUGAUUUUAGACCAGUCAUCUAGGCUACAUUUAGACGUCUAUUAGACCUCUUUUAGACCAAAAAAUGCUCAGUGGGAUUAUCAUGCAUUUCUGAACCAUCUUAAAUAUCACAGCUGCUAUAAGGAGUGUUUUGUGUUUAUGUAACUGACUGAAACUCAUAAUGAUGCCAAACAAAACCAUUAGCAACAAGACUUGCCAUUUUUAAAUUGCAGUUGUUAAUGCUUCAAACAGAUGUGAGAGGAUUAAUGUCAGCAAAGCAGCCAAAGAAAUAGCCUUUUUUUUCAAAUGCCUGCAUAAAAGAAGUGACACUUUUGACUGUUUAAAGUUAGCAGGAUAAUAUUGUAUCGUCAGAAUUCACAGCUUAAGCAUGUAAAGAACAAAAUAAGCAAAUAUUGAUUUAUCCUCAGGGGGGCGCCAACAUUCACGCAAAUCAAAAAUUCCUCACAGGAGCUUUAAUAAUGAAUACCUUAACAUGUUAGAAAAUAUAUAUUAUUGAUUUAUUGGCCUGGUCAGACUGGAAUUGGACAUUAAAAUGAUAUAUGUUAACACAUUAGUCUGACUGAAUUGCACCCAAUCAAACUUUUGAUAGUUCCACUCAUUCUACUCACUCCGCUCACUCACCUUUGCAUUCUGACAUGCCUGUAUAAUCUGGUUGGGGAUUUUCCAAUUUCUCUGUCAUGCCAAAUCAGUCAGACUGAAACUGGCUUGAGCUUUCUGCACAUACUUAAGCGAUGGCACACCAGGCUUUGAGCCCGGAAUUGAGUAGCAUGAUCUCAUUGCUGAGAAGCCGAAGAAAAACUUUCCCCUUUGUACAAGCGGUACAAGAAGUAACAGUGUUUUCAUUUUUCAAAAUGUAAGCAUCUUGGUAACAGGUUUUGCCAACUGUUUUGAAAUGCAAUACAACAACCAGGAGACAACCUGAUAGUUACAAGCUGAGCAGGGGGAUUUCACCACCUACUGGAGCGGAGGUGAAAAUGCUUCUGUCAAUAAAUUGAUUUAUGUCCACUGUAUGCAAACUGGUACAAAGACAGUGGUUCAGUCAAAUGGCCUAACCAAGCUAUAACCACCUUAACUGUGCAUGUAAAAGUACACUCCUGUAUAGAGCUCUGCCAGCUUUAGCAAUGCAGCUGCCUGCUGACAUCACUCUGAGCCGCUAUACCUGUAUGUUCAUCCUGCAGCUCAAAUGACUUUAGUAAUAUUUCAAAUCUGUUUUGGAAUUAAAGUGCAUUUGACUUUUGACUUGUUAACAAAGCCGAUGAGUUUUUUAUUUGUUUGUUUGUUUUUCGUAAGAUGUGUGAUGAUUCACAAGUGCGGGUAACAGGAGAUUGGGAGGAUGUUGUGGUGGUUUGAACAGAGCCAAAAUAUCAUGAGCUUUCAAAAAGAGAAAAAAGGUCAUUUCAGACCUUAAUAACAUCAUAGUACACAUAAAUGCUGCAUGUCUCUUCUUGUUUCAAAACACUUUUUAAUGGACUGGGUUGCAUUACUCAGUAUGACGAGACCGCUCCUUUGAUGUAACUGUGGAUUUCCCCUUCAGCUUUUCUGCAAAUCAGAGUGAGAAAAAUAAAUGACUCCUCAAAAAUGUGUGAUCACAUGACCAAGUUUGUCUUUGGUAGCUCAGAAAACAAAGAGUGACUCAAAUCACCCUCCUCUCCUGCACUGUGGUUUAUAGACUCAGUUUCAAAAUCACAAACAUUUUCCAUCAGACUGUCACUAUGUCACGAGCAAGGCUCCGUGUCAGCCCCUGUCUGAUGUUUUUAUCAGGUCAGUGAAUAUGAUUGUAGUACAGCAACCAUGAGAUGAAUUAUUGCUUAGCCCUGUAGCAGAUAGCUGCAGUUAGCCAAUGGUAUGUAACUGGACUGUACGCAGUCUGUGGUCUGGAGUGAUGGAGGCUGUAAUGCCAUUUAGUGUUUUAUAGUACUCAAAGUAACAUGGGCUACAUAUUACAAAUAGUCUAUAUGAUGUUUGAAAAUAAAAAAGACUUGGUCCAAUGGAAAAAAAAGAUUUUUUUUUUUCCCAGGAGUCCCAGGCAUUUCAAAGUAAGGUAUUUUAGAGCGGUAAUUGUAAAACCACAAUACUGUGACACAGCAAUAUUUUUAUUCAAGGUUAUCACCAUACUGCCAGACCAGCCCAUGCCUCCUCUACGUACACAGAGUGAAAACUAUAACAUCUCUGUACAGCCACAUAAAAUCUUAAUAUCUUAGAAGUGUGGAGGUAUGACUGCAUGCGCUAUAAAUCUUUAAACCCUCGCUCAGAAUCCUUCAAAUGAGUUAAUUUAAGAAAGUGAAUGUUUUGUAAAGCUGCAACAUUAAUUGGAAGGUGCUGAGUGAGUAAACAGACAAUGGCCUCACUGUCCCGCAGAGUCCCACAACAAUCCCCCUCUGUUGAAGCCAGAGGUUUUGUAAGAGCUGCUUCUUUGUAACUGUGCCGCACUGCCCCACUCACAGGACUAUUACUGUGUCACACUCUCUUUGCAUCUGCAGGCCUCUCUUCCCCUGCAAGGCCAGACACUUUCUCAAAGAAUACAUCACGGCAUUGUUUGCGCAAGUCACAGGGACCAACAGCACUGUUCUUUGUCCCUCCUGUAAAAUGGACUGUAUCAAGACCUUGAGGCUAUGAGGCUCCAUCUGAGUUGUGUUUUUGGGUGAUUAAAAUAUGUCUCUUUUUUUGCAGGGUUGCAGGCUCAGUCUCCCACGUCAGCAGAUCAAAUGGUGUCUGUGAGCAGCAAUAUGACAAAUGCAGUAACGAUGCCCAGUGCGCCCACUCCCACUGGUACUGUACUUGUGACUAUUCUGAGAAACACCACUUCACAAUCUUCUCGGUCUCCAGACAAUUCAGUAUUUAACUUUCCAUACUCAGAGAUGUGAGGGCAUCAAACUUUAUUUACCUUUGUGUCAAUGGACAGUUAUUUCAGACGUGCUUGACAUAAUUGUAUGUAGCUGAAAAAAACCCUAAGCCUCCAAAUUUCCAAAUAAGUUUUACAGUUUCUUGUGUUGUGUCUUCAAAAUGCAUAGUGACAUUUCUAUACUUAAUAUAAACAUUCACGUCCAUUAAACACUGAAUAAGUUUGGUUGGAGUUCAGAAACUUGUAAAAGGUUAAGAAAGUGCAGUAGAAGUUCUGUUUUACAGUAACUAAACUUACAUUUGUUGUCAGAGAUGGAUGCAUGAAAAGAUUAUGGUUUUGUUGUAAAGUUCAACCCCUUCUCGCGGUCACAGGAGGAAGAGUAGGAGGAAGAGUCACCAGAGAUGCUGACUCCACACCAGAAGCCUCCCCUGCCAAGCAAACCACAAGCCACCAAGCUGGCGCCAUUAACACCCUUAACGCCAACACAACCGAAAUCAGGACUCCAACAGGUAGUCUGGUUUUGUAAAUGCUGUGAGUAAUAUCCAAAAACAUCCUUAAUGAGAUUUCUUUGUUUCUACCCUUGAAGCUUCCAAAGAGGAAACAACCAAACUGCAAACAAAGGCCACACCAACCAAAGGUAGCAAUCUUCAAUUCACCCUCUUUUUCUCAUGUCUGAGCACCCAGUUGGUGGAGCCAGUGAGUUUGGUUGGUUGAUAGAUUGUUUAGGAAAUAACUUCUUCUCACACCAAUAUUAAAGGCUUGCAGUUAAUGUCCUUACUAAGAAUGCAGAAAGCUUUAAAGCUAAUUAUGAGGUGAUUUCAAAAAAAGUAAAAAUCUGUCUUUUCAAUGACAGACAGAGGGGUACGUUUGCAGUAUUUUUUGGCAUAGGGGACAGAGAGAAAACUAGAGAGAGCGCAACAGAGAGAGCUCUGAUAAGCUUUAAAAAUGUCAGCCAAAAUUUCCUCUGAGAGCCAUUCUACUGAAAUACUCUGAAUUUCAAUUAAAAUAGAGUUAAACAUAGAAAUGCGGCUGGAAUUUUAUGAGAAGUAAUUAUGGAUGGGCUCGUAUGGCAAAGAUAAGGGAGUUAAUAUGUCUCUGAAAAAACAGGCCCUGAGACAGGAAUCAUUCUUUUGCAUUAUAAACCUGUAUGGUACAAUAAACACAUAAUACCGCGUGAAUACAAAAAGAUGGAAAAUCAAAAAAGCAGAGGAAACUAAUGUUUUUACUGUUUGUUCAGCAUCCACGGUGACACCUUCCCCAGCCUCAACUGUGAAAACCACACAGAGCGGGACCCAUCAAACUCCUGCCUGGGGUAAGAGGAAGAUUUUUUACUACUCCAUAGUUACCUUAAAUGCCACAGGCAUUGCUGCUUUAUUGUUAUCUCACAGCAGACUGACAGAAAUCACAAUCCCCCGUCUCCCAAACAAAACCCAUGGCAGAGCGGCAGAGCAGAGCACCUUGCUUUCUCUCUUUUUUCCAACAGAUUAAUGCUUGAUUGUACCUUAUGCAAGUCAAGAUACUUGUGUCCUCAUACUGUGCUGCUCACCACAGAUAGGGUUUUGAUACACCAUCAGCAGCAUGUCAGCAGGGCCAGUAGAUCUGUCAUACCAUCUCUGACAGUUGCUCCCUUGUGAUCCUUGCCUCUUUCUUCUUCUGGUAAAGAGUGUUCAGUAGUAAAACUUAAUUCAAUACCUUUCCCUUCUGCUGUUUCCUAUAGAUCCAACAUGGGACCAAGGUUUCACCUAUGGUAAGAACCUACCAAUAUCUGUCUCUGUUUUUGUGUUAUUACCUGUUCUGUGUGUGGUCAUUGUCAGUGUAAUUUCAACAGAUUACAAGUCCCUGCGUGUGGCUGGACUGUCCAUCGCAGCUGUGCUGUUCAUCCUGGGAAUCAUGGUGAUUGGCUGUAGGUUUGACCCUAAAAUUACUCAAGCUGAAAUGCAAAGUUUUGUAAACACUGUUGUUGUAUUCACUUGCCAUCUCACUACAAAUAAGGACCAGUUGUAACAUUUUGAUUGAUCCCACAGGGAAAUGUUGGCAUUUAAGGUACUCACUAUGAAAGAGGGAGAAAAUAGAAGAAGAUUAAAAUGAAAUAUAGACUACAAUAACAGUCCUAAUGAAGCUCAAGUACACUUUAAGUAGUAAAAGGUGAAUAAAAUAAAUACAGUAUAAUAAAACUGCAUCUGUGAAAGAUAAGGAGCAGUAAAAAAUACGUUUAUGUUAGCUUGAGUAGGUUUCGCUCAUAAGUUUGCAGAAUGAACACUUGUACACUUGUCCAUAUUUGCUGUUUUGUUCAACAUAAAAGAGACUCAGAGUUUUAUUUUUGAUGUUGACCCUCAGAAAGAGUUCAUCUUCUUUGCUCUUUUAUAGGUGGAAGGGUCUGUCGGCUACCCAGGUGUAAAACAAAGUCAUCCAAGUAAGUAUUUAAAGCUUUUUAUUUCAUUUACCCUGAUGAAUGAGCACCACGUUUAUGCUGUGUUUUAGCGGUGCACGAUUAGCCCAACAGCUGUUUAAUUUAAGACAAUGGAAGCUGACAGACCCAAGUGAUGCUGGACUAAAUUACAGUCCAUGUUCAGGAAGGGUAGCUGGGCUUAUAUCAGGCUGUUGGCAAACUGCAGCUGAAUGAGUUGAGUAAUUUAUUUAUCACAGGCCACUGGAUGAUGUAUGGCAAACAAUCAGUCACUUCAGACAUAUAAUAGCUCAACAGAAUGCUGACUAAAACCUCUGUGAUGAAUAAUAGAUCAAAAAGAUUAUGAUGAAGCUAUUUGUUGAGUGAAACUAUAACGGGCCAACAGUAUGUGACGUUGUGAUACUAUUGUUUCUGAAAAGUACAAAUGAUUGCUUUCAGGGUUUGUUUGAAUGUUCUGUGUGUUUGGUUCUCAGGUCAUAUCAAGUGGUGCAGCAGGGAUAAUGAGGGGGAGCAUGGGCACACUGCUAAAAGCAGAACUGCAAGAAACAACCAGCAGUCGAGAGAAAAACACUUGAGCAACACCUGCAGCGUGUGCGUACAUGAGGAUUGAAGGACUGUAUGCUGCUUAGGAACAGCAUCAAAACAUGAACUGUGCUGACAAGGGAGGAAAGUGGCACCAUCAUCCACUUAGUCUCUGUCAAAUGUUAUUCCUAUACUUGGCAAAUGGCACCAAAGAAAUACAGUGAUUAUUUAUCUUGGCAAAUAAUAAAGAGAUGGUUCCUAUUUUAAUCACUCCUUCAGCUGUGAGGCAGGCCUUUUUCUAUUGAACUUUGUCUUUUAAUAACUAAUAACAGAGCCAGUGUCCCUCAGCCAAGAUUAUUAAAGGUUAUGAAAAUAACACCAAAUAUUGAACAAAACCCUCCACAGCUCUUGUGUUAUCUUUUAAGUACAGCUGGGUCAUUUCCUCUUCCUGCAUAGUCUUCCACACUUUCAAUCGCAACAAAAACAAGAUGUUUAGUAAGGGGUGUCUAAGCCUCUUAGUGACUCUAUGCUUGUAAGUGAGUAAAGCCCGAGAUUAAACCAGAUCCACUGGCGCAUUAUUAUUGCAUCCAUAUGGUAUCAAAUGAUGCAUACAGGGAGAUGACACGCACAUGUUAAAACAGAUUUAAUGACACAAUUUACACAAUGUAGAGUUAAGUUUACAUAAUAUACAGCAGUAUUGAUUGUUCUCAGAGCAAAAUAAAGGGAGACAGUAACUGUGCAGAAAAAAAAAAACAUAUAAAUUCAUGAAAAAUAGUCCCCUACUAAUAUUUUCCUGUGAGAUAUAAGGUCAUGUAUUGUAUACAUUGUUAUCUGAUAUAUGAUUUAAAACCAUUGAAUAAAAUAUAGUAUAUAUUUGUUUGGAAAAGCCAUUGCUCAUAAAUGUAUGAACUUCACAAGAAGUCUAAAUUUAAAUAUUUGUUUUGCUGCUAUAAGAAACUAAAUACAAAUACUUUACAGAAAA